AUUAUAAUUUACUUAUUAACGCCGGUCUUUGCUUUGGGCUUACUUGUUGUCAAAAUGGCGUCCUUGGGAAAUUUGAUACGAAAUGUUUCCCUGAGAGGAGCCAGAUCAGUCAGUAAGACAAAAUGGAAUCCAGCAGUCUUGUCACCAGCUGGGAGUCGAACAGAGGGAAGCUGGCAGCCAGAUGGAAAGUUUGUCAAGUCCAAGGAAGGAUUGUGGAUAUCCCCGUUGCCUGAACACAAGAAGCUGUGGCAGGUCCCUGUAGAACAUCCCAAUAACAUGGAAGGUGAGGUAGAGGUACAGAAUGUGGUCCUCAACUUUGGUCCUCAGCACCCUGCUGCCCACGGUGUGCUGCGACUAGUGCUACAUCUGGACGGAGAGCAAGUGGUACGCUGUGAUCCUCAUAUAGGCCUGCUGCACAGAGCCACAGAGAAAUUGAUGGAAUCUAAGACCUAUAUGCAGGGUUUGCCGUAUUUCGACAGACUGGACUAUGUGUCUAUGAUGUGUAAUGAGCAGUGUUACAGUCUGGCUAUCGAGAAACUCCUCAACAUUCAGGUCCCCCGUCGAGCACAGUACAUCAGAGUAAUGUUUGGUGAGCUCACACGAAUCAUGAACCACUGUAUGGGUAUCGGAACCCACGCCCUCGAUGUUGGUGCUAUGACACCAUACUUCUGGCUGUUUGAAGAGAGAGAGAAGAUGUUGGAGUUUUAUGAGAGAGUGUCGGGAGCCAGAAUGCACGCUGCCUAUGUACGACCUGGCGGUGUGGACAGGGAUUUACCAAUUGGUCUGAUGGACGAUAUCUACGAGUUUCUCACUAAGUUUGGCCAGCGUAUAGAUGAAGUGGAGGACAUGUUGACGGCCAAUCGGAUUUGGAAACAUCGUCUGGAAAACGUUGGCGUGAUCAGUGCAGAGGAUGCUCUGCUGUAUGGUUUCAGUGGUGUGAUGUUGCGUGGUUCUGGCAUCAAGUGGGAUCUGAGAAAACAACAGCCAUACGAUGUGUACGACGAGAUGGACUUUGAUGUUCCAAUUGGUACAAAGGGUGAUUGUUACGACAGGUAUUUGUGUCGUAUGGAGGAGAUGAGACAGAGUAUGAGGAUUGUACAUCAGUGUCUCAACGAGAUGCCGGAAGGCGAGAUUAAAACUGAUGAUAACAAAGUCACACCGCCCAAGAGGGCAGAAAUGAAGAACUCCAUGGAGGCCCUGAUUCACCACUUUAAGCUCUACUCCGAGGGCUUCAAUGUACCUCCAGGCUCUACCUACACCGCCAUUGAGGCUCCCAAGGGCGAGUUUGGAGUGUACCUCGUCUCAGAUGGCUCUAACAAACCAUACAGAUGCAAGAUCAAGGCUCCAGGAUUCGCCCAUUUGGCUGCACUGGACCUUCUGGCCAAGGAACAGUACAUGGCUGAUGUUGUUGCCAUUAUCGGAACACUUGACGUUGUGUUUGGAGAAGUUGAUCGAUAAAAACGUGCACAUAUUGUGAAAAUCUUCACGUAUUCAACAUUUUAGUGCUGUGCAGACAAUAUCUGAAGAGUUCUGCAUUUCUACAGAAGAACUAGAUGUCCAUAUGUUCAAACUCUUGAAUGGAAUAUGGAAUUCUUUAAAUUAAAAAUUAAUAUCUAUGUUGACAGAAAUUGCUUUCUAUGAAUGUUUUGUCUGCUUGCUUAGAAUUGUAGUGAUAAAUAAAUUGUUUUGUUAUAAGCCUU